GCAUGUGCCCUGCGCAUUCUCACACUUAUUCACAAGUGGAGUCUGGCAUUUGCAAACUGAAACUAUAGACUACAGAGGAAUCGAAGUGCACAUUUAACCACAGUGAUGAGAUUCUAAAAGGGUGACUUCAUUAUGACUCUUCUUUAAGAACCAACGUAUGUUUGAUGAUCAUGUAUACUCCAGUGGAAACAAUAAAAUUUUCCAAGCUCAAUAAAGUCUUUAACAAAAGCUUAGCCCUGCCAAAGAAUACAACAGCAGGACAUCUAUUGGCUAUCAAAAGAAAAUAGUGUGCUGAAAAUGCAGCUUUAGGGAAAACAGAAUAUGCUUUUGAGAUGGCUAUUUCCAAUAUUCGAUAUGGAGAGGGAGUUACUAAAGAAGUGGGAAUGGACCUGCAGAAUUUGAAUGCCAGAAAAGUCUGUGUGAUGACAGAUAAGAACCUUUGUCAGCUCCCUCCUAUGAAAGCAGUCUUGGAUUCUCUGACAAAAAAUAGUAUAACCUUCCAGGUAUAUGACAAUGUAAGAGUGGAACCCACAGACCAGAGUUUCAUGGAUGCCAUCGAGUUUUGUAAAAAGGAGGAGUUUGAUUCAUAUGUCGCUGUAGGCGGAGGCUCUGUAAUAGACACUUGUAAAUGUGCUGACCUCUAUGCAUCCAGCCCAGAGUCUGAAUUCUUAGAUUAUGUUAAUGCUCCUAUUGGAAAAGGAAAGCCUGUUAAAGUCACUCUCAAGCCACUGAUUGCAGUUCCUACAACAGCUGGAACUGGAAGUGAAACCACUGGAGUUGCUAUUUUUGAUUACAAAGAACUACAAGUGAAAACUGGCAUAGCUUCUAGAGCCAUUAAGCCCUCUUUGGGCCUUGUUGAUCCUUCACAUACACUCCAUAUGCCUGAGCGAGUGAUGGCCAACAGUGGCUUUGAUGUACUUUGCCAUGCCCUUGAAUCCUAUACUGCUCUUCCCUAUCAUAAGCGCAGUCCCUGUCCUUCAAAUCCAGUGAACCGACCAGCUUACCAAGGAAGUAACCCUAUCAGUGACAUCUGGGCCAUCCAUGCACUGCGGAUCGUUGCCAAAUAUUUAAAAAGAGCCAUCAGGAACCCAGAGGAUCGAGAAGCAAGGGCUCAUAUGCAUCUUGCAAGUGCUUUUGCUGGCAUUGGUUUUGGGAAUGCGGGUGUACAUCUUUGCCAUGGAAUGUCUUAUCCCAUAUCUGGCUUGGUGAAGAAUUAUAAAGCAAAGGAUUAUCAUGUGGAUCAUUCUCUAGUGCCACAUGGUCUGUCUGUUGUGCUCACGUCUCCAGCAGUCUUUACUUUUACAGCACCCAUGUGCCCUGAGCGUCACUUGGAGGCCGCCCAGAUAAUGGGAGCUAAUACCAGCACUGCAAGAAUCAAAGAUGCUGGCCUUAUUUUGGCAGAUACACUCCGGAAAUUCUUAUUUGAUCUAAACGUUGAUGAUGGCUUAGCUGCUCUGGGUUAUUCUAAAGCAGACAUCCCAUCUUUCGUCAAAGGCACCCUGCCUCAGGAAAGAGUGACAAAAUUAUCUCCUCGUCCCCAGACUGAAGAAGAUUUAUCUGCCUUGUUUGAAGCUUCAAUGAAACUGUAUUAGUUUAAAUAUUCAAUACUUUUUCAGUAACUUCUAGAGUUUAUUUUGUCACCCAUUCUAGAGGAAUGAACUCAAAACAGAAAUGGGGAUGCAGUAGUAAUGAUUUCAACUCACUAUUCCGAGUUUUUACAUUCAAGCUAAUUUCUGUGUGUGACCCAAUAAGUUCUCAUUUUGUUGUUCUUUAUUAGUAGAACUAAUCAAUGGAGAUUUUUACCUUUCUAGCUUGUCAUUUUUAUUAUCUCUGAUAUGAAGUGGAUCAGGCAGUACAGCUACAGAAAUAAAAAAUUUACAAAUAUAGAAAUGCUGCCUUUAUACUUUUUCUCAUUCAGAACCAGUCAGACAAUAAACUCUUUAUUUUUAAUGACUGUAUUGUUCUCUUAGCUCAGUAAGCCUGUUAUCCCCACUUU